GCUUUUUCUUUUUCUUAUUCUUUUUUUUGGUGUUCAUUAUUUCGUUUGUUUACCUAAACCAAUCCGUGUUCUUCAAACGCGACACGAACACGUUGUCUCGUACUUGCUUUUAUCCACGCACCUCAGAAGAGCUGAUGCUCGUUUUGUCAAAUUUAUUUUAAAAUUAACAGGUACUUCAUUGUGUUCAUCCAAGUUUAAGAAAUACUUUUUAUCCGUACUGGAAGUUCCUAGAAGGAAUUGUCGUCGACGAAUGGAAAAGGUUGCUCAUACAUCUUUCUAGGACAAAGUCGCCGUGGCCUUUGGUUUUUUGUUGUAAAACAUAUUUCAAACGAUCCUAACUCUUUCCCAAAUAGUUUGUCUGGUCAAAUUUGGAUUCCUUCAUAGAAUUGAGCUUCUGAAAUUUUGUGCUCUGUUGACUAAACCCUCUUGUUGCUUCUUUGAAUGAGGCAGUGCUCGUAGUGGAGAAUCCAUCUUAAAUUACAUUUUAUGAAUGUUUUCUGGCCUUUCUUUUGUAAAGCAUAGUCGUUCUUUUCGGUUCAACCUUCCCAGAAUGUUUCAAAGAGCUCAACAAAAAAAUAGUCUGGCAUAUUCUCAAGCAAAGGAAAACUCAUCCAUAAUUAGAGAUAUACACAAUCAUUCUUCCGAUGGUUUUCAAACUUCUGCUCCAGCUUCCAAAGCUGGUCACCAUCCUUCGCCGAAUCCAACUGCUCCUUUGAAGAGAGAGUUUUCAAACACAAUUCUUCAAAAUUUAGAUGAAAAUGAUGCUUUUGAUUCUUCAGAUCCAGCGUUGCCGAUUUUCAAUCCCCCUGAACCUCACGAAAGUGCGGCUACUGAUACACUACACGGGGUUUACAUAGAUGAAAAUGAUAUAGACGACGAUUUCGCUGUUGAGUCGGAAAUUGAUCAAAAAGCAAUACCCUGGUCUUCCUCUCCCGUCGAGCAUACAAAGUUAACUGGAUCUAUGAUUGCAAAUGCCAAUCGAACUACUUCUACUCUCCCUCGAUUGGUGGAAGAGGCCUCCAGAAAUUCCACAAUUCAAACGCAGUCAGCUCGUUCGCAACAAAGACAUCCCAUUAAACGUUCUCGUACUCUUCCAUGGGCUCUAGACCCAUUUCGAUAUGGUGAUCCAAACCCACCAAAGGAAGAGAAUCCCAAAGUACAAUCACAACAAGGAAUCGUUGCAAAUGAUUCCCAAAAAGCGUCCCCUGGUACCAGGAGUGUUUCGCUUGAUAGCAUGCCCAAGACUGGCUUAGCAACGCGAAACGGGCGUAUCACCAAAAAGGCGCCUGCUUCUACCGUUGCUUCGAAACCUGUUGAUUCUUCUUUGUUCAGGACUGUUUCCGAUCCUAGCCGGAAACGAGCUGUUCCCAGUAUUUUCCUUUCAGACGAACAAAAACGAAUUCUAGAUAUGGUUGUUGAACAACAACAUAGCAUCUUUUUUACCGGUUCCGCUGGUACUGGUAAAUCAGUACUUUUGAGGAAGAUAAUUGAAGCUCUAAAGAUGAAGUAUCGAAAGCAAACAGACCGUGUUGCUGUUACGGCCUCCACAGGACUAGCAGCUUGUAACAUUGGCGGCGUCACAUUACACUCCUUUGCAGGUGCCGGCUUAGCAAGAGAAUCCGUUGAUUUUCUUGUAUCUAAAAUAAAGAAGAACAAAAAAAGUAUGACCCGUUGGCUUCGAACAAAAGUUCUCAUUAUUGAUGAGGUUUCUAUGGUUGAUGCGGAUUUAAUGGACAAAUUGGAAGAAGUAGGUCGUGUUAUACGAAAAGAUGCUAGACCCUUUGGAGGCAUACAAUUGGUUUUGACAGGAGAUUUCUUCCAACUUCCACCCGUUCCUGACUCAGGAAAAGAAGCAAAGUUCUGUUUUGAAUCGAAUACUUGGAAAACUGCUUUGGAUUAUACCAUUGGCUUAACUCAUGUGUUCCGACAAAAAGAUGAAGAGUUUGUUAACAUGCUCAAUGAGUUGCGCCUUGGAAGGUUAUCGGAAAACUCGGUUAGAAAGUUUAGGUUUCUGAGUAGAGAAAUCAACUACGCAGAUGGACUUCUUCCGACUGAGCUGUUUCCGACUCGUAAUGAAGUCGAGCGGUCGAAUGGAAUGCGUAUGCAACAGAUUCAUCAAGAUCCAAUAACGUUCACUUCUAUAGACAGCGGUACCGUCCGGGACCGAGAAUUUCGAGACAAGUUACUUCAAAACUGUAUGGCUCCUGCACAGCUUGUAUUAAAAAUAAACGCACAGGUGAUGCUUAUAAAAAAUAUCGAUGACCAGUUGGUAAAUGGAUCUUUAGGGAAAGUAAUUGGUUUUAUUGACGAAGAAACAUAUCAAAUAGAAAAGAAGGAUGCUGAAAUGCAAGGAAGAAAUCCUUUUGAAUACGAUACUUUGGAUGUGCUUCCGUAUGAUUUGCCAGAUGUAAAGCAGAAGAAACAUAAGCUGUUGUCUAUGAAGAAAGCUUCUUCUAUUUCCACAAAAUGGCCUCUUGUACGCUUUAAACUUGCUAAUGGCGGUGAGAGAACCAUAGUGGUACAAAGAGAAACCUGGAACAUAGAGUUACCAAACGGUGAAAUUCAGGCAUCAAGGAGUCAAAUUCCUUUAAUUCUAGCGUAUGCCAUUUCCAUACACAAGGCACAGGGUCAAACCCUUGACCGAGUUAAAGUAGACUUGGGUCGUGUAUUUGAAAAAGGACAGGCUUACGUUGCACUUUCAAGAGCUACUUCACAAAAAGGACUACAAAUACUUAAUUUUUCUCCGUCCAAAGUUAUGGCCCAUCCGAAAGUCGUUCAGUUUUAUAAGCAACUCGACUCCGUCAAUGGUGUCCCUAUUCGCAAUGAAAAUAAAGUGAAGACUGGUCCUUUCAAAUGAUGUUCCAAUCUAUUGGAUAUUUAUUUGUUAUAUGUAUAUUUCUUGUAAGUCUUUUUAUUUAUAUUUAGGCUUCGUACCUUUACUUUUGUAUAAGUUUAUUAUGGGAUGAAAAGGUUCUUGGUGUGCUAAUUCACAUAUCUUUUUUAUUGUUGUUUUCUUUUUUAUUGUCGUAUUUCAAUAAGUCCUAAUAAUGC